CUUAUUUUCUGUGUACAAUUUGUGUAGUGUAAUAAUUUCACAGAAUCAAAUUCUAUGUUCGUAGAAACUUCCAAGUAUGGCUUUGUUAUUUAUACGAGAGAAGUAUAAAAUGGAGCUACUAGUACCAACAGUUUCAGACGUGGUGUUCAAAUACACAUGGCCUGUACCGAAUUAUAAAAAAUCCAUUUCGAAGAAGAGCUUUAUCGAUAGCCCGUCAUUCGACGUAAAUGUAAAUGGAAUUCAUAGUACUUGGAAUCUUUCUAUCCGGUUUUGGAAGAAUCCUGACGGGAAAAGAAUGAUAAAUCCAGUGGUAUUGUGCCUGAACAUGUUGAACUGCACCGUAGAUGAAGCGGAACAAGCAAAGAUACGAUUUCAAUUUGCAGUUUUCAAUGCCGACGUUAAAUAUUGGGAGUAUUGUCACGUUAGCAGGACAGUACUCGAGUUAAAAUCCUGUUUAGAUAUUAUUUCCUUGGGCUACAGAGAUUUAUCCAUCGUCGAUAGGCAUUUAAAUAAGAACGGUGAAAUUCUGUUAAUGGUGAAGAUACAAAUAAUCCAAUACGAAAGCGAAAAACAUAACUUAUCCCAGGAUAUGGCUAGACUACUCAAGCACCCAUAUAGUGCUGAUACCAAAUUAUCAUGUGGAGGUUUAAAUAUCACAGAGAUUCCAGUUCACAGUAGUAUAUUAGCUGCUCGUAGUCACAUUCUGGCUGAAAUGAUGUCGCCCUUAAGGAAAUCCGAUGAACAGAAAAAUACGGAUACCGCAGAAGAUAAAAUAUCGGAUACGCCAGAAUCACAUGUAGGAAACGUGAUUUCUAAAGAAAACAAAUGUUUUAGUGAUGACUACACAUACUCCCUGGAAUUGUUGCAUCUUAAUAAAGAGGUGGUAGAAGAAUUGUUAAGAUACAUAUACACUGAUCAUGUGGACAAUCUUGAUAAUUUGGCUUCUCAACUUUUAUCUCUUGCUGACCAUUUUUGUUUACAAGGAUUGAAAGAACUUUGCGAGAGGAAUCUUAUCGAAACGAUAACACCCGAAAACAUAGCAAGCAGGCUUCUGGUUGCUGAUCAAUUUGACUGUGAUGCACUGAAGAGAGCAAGUUUAGCAUACUGCGAGGAAAACAUAACAAUGCUGAAUAAAAGUUUAGCAUGGAAAAUGAUGGAACAAGUGAAUCCAGAAUUGUUCAAUGAAGUUUGCGAAGCUGGUAUUGGCAGUUCAAGAUCGAGUAAUAUGGACGAUAGUGAAUUAAGUAUAAACUUUGUUUUCAUACAAUUUAAUCUUUAAACUAGGUAAUUGUUAUGAAGGAAAUUAAUGGACGAAAAUGAUGAUCAUAACAGGAUAUCGUGGUUGAUGAUUAAAAACAAUAUCUUAACUUUCCUGUUACCUGAAAUGUGCAAUUUAAAAUUCUACUUGAUUAUUAAAAUUUAUAUGCGUACGUAAGUACUUAUAAAACUUCGUUGAAUGCAUAAAGUUUAAAGUACGUUAUGCUUUCCUACUAUAGAAGAUAGUAAUUCUUGCUUACACAUUGUUCUCCUAGAAUGACAUAGGUAGUCAAUAAGUGAGUAUGUAGUUAUAAUUUUACCUCCGUAUAUUAUAGUUUCCUGUUACAAAAAUUUUAGAAGGUACAUUUAUUGUGAACGGAUAAUACACGUAUGCAACACCUCAAAUAUAGUUUCAAUCACAUUUUGCUAUAUUAACUAGAAAUUUCCUUGAAUUCGUUGCAGAUGAGGAUCAUUGUAUGUAAUAUACUGAACUAUAUACAAUAACGAUGUUAUACAUGUUACGUCUACGAUCAUUUUUAUGCACUUUGUUAUGUGCAUAUGAAAAGAAGCAGGAAUGAUACUUAUAUUCUCGGGAAAUAAACACGUACGAUAUAUCUCUGUUACA